CGGGCGACAGAGACGCCUGUCAUGAGGAAGGAGAGGCUUACCGAGAUGCAGAGAAAGAAUGGGAGUGUGUGUGUGACAGAGUGAAAGCAACACAGAUUAACUACGACAGCAAAGCCUGACUAGUUUUUCCCGUUUCGGCACAUCUCAAGGAGGCUGGACGUCCGCUUGUAAACAGCUCAGUGCUCAGAAGAAUUCAACGUGAGGAUUGGUGUCUGUGCUCCGGAUUGAUAAAAGGCUAAAACUGCACCAAAAAGAUGUCAGGACCACAUCCACCGGUGGUUCCCAGAAAGCCUUCGGGUGUGAGAGUCAUGAUCUCUCCAGGGGAAGAGCUUCCUCCGGGCGGCCUGCCCUUCUACACAAAUUCUGGAAAAGAGUUUGGUGCCAGCAGGGAGACGAACCAUACGCCUGAAGUGACUACAGACAGAGAAGUGGAAAUUCUGAACCACUGCUUCGACGACGUGGAGAGGUUCAUGGCGCGCUUGCAGCAGGCGGCCGAGGCCCAGAGUGUUCUCAACCAGCGGAGGAAGAAGAGCAGCAGGAAGAGCAAGAAGAAGGAGGACCAAGAUGAUGACUUGUUGACCAUUAAGGCGAAGCCGCCUGCAGAGGAAGAAUUUGUGGACGUCUAUCAGAAACUCAAGUACUCCCUCAGUCUGCUGGACCGAGUGAAGUCAUUCAUCUCACAGCCCGACGCACCAGAGCUGCUGCACCACAUCUUCGUUCCUCUCCGUCUGCUGGUUAAAACCACCGGUCCAGAACUGUGUGCAUCAGUGGUCAGUCCUGCUAUGACCAGCGGAGCUGUUUCACUGCUGCAGGAGCAUCUGACUGAAGAGGAAAAGGAGCUGUGGACUUCAUUAGGAACCAACUGGACCUCCCCCUGCUCCCUCCUGAGUGUAUCUGUUCCUCCGUAUUCGCCCGUCUUCCUGGACGGGUGGCAGCCUCAGGCCUGCGACUCAUCGGGCCAGCAGCUGGAAGAUCCCAUCGAGCUGCAGCACAAACAGGACGCUCUCAGGGAAAGAAGGGAGGCGCAAAGUUUGCAGGAACAAGCUCGACACACGGCGGAGGGCUACGGAGGAGGCUCCGAUGAAGUAGAAGGAAAUGGUCUUCCACCCGAGGGCGAGAGGCUUUACUGCUGCAGCUACGACUUUGUGGCAAGAAACAGUAGUGAACUCUCGGUGCUGCAAGGAGAAACACUAGAGGUGAUUGAAUCGUCAAAGCGCUGGUGGAAGUGUCGGAAUCGCUUCGACCAGAUCGGGUUUGUUCCUUACAACAUCCUGGAGCCUCUGUCAGCUCUGAAUAACGCGGGGGUUGACAGCUCGGUCAUACGUAGAGAGUCAAAGAAGACGGCGAUGGUUCCUCGGACAAAUUAUUUCUCAUAUGCUCCUACAAGCCCAGUUGGGGCAGGUCCUACAAGCCCGACGUUGCGACCCCAGAGCAUGAUUCUACCACCUACAGGGAUGCAUGGGGACGAGACUGACAGAGUCCUGAUAGUGAACGACGAGCUCCUGCAGCGACUGGCCGAGAAGAAAGGCUCGGUUCGGCGUCCGGUGGUUCCUCGCACGGCCGAAAACUCUCCUCCCCUGAACUACCACUCCUCGGCCGAUGAGGUGGAGGCCUGGCUCACCACCAAGGGAUUCAGUCAACACACAGUCCAGCUCCUGGGCCAUUUAACCGGAGCACAGCUGUUCUCCCUGAACAAGGAGGAGUUUCGUAAGGUGUUACCAGAUGAAGGAACGAGGGUUUACAGCCAGAUAAUGGUGCAGAAGGCCCUCCUCGAGGACGUGCGCAAAGCUUCCGAGCUGGAGGCAGCGAUGGAGAAACAAAAGCUGAGGAUGAGCCGGAAGUCAGAGAGUGAGGCUUCGCCGUAGAGUCGCCGCGAGGCCUCGAGACUUGUUCAAAUCGCGAGCGCUGUUGUAUAUCACGUGUUCUACACAACUCUCUCACAAAUCUCCUUCUUCUGCUGUGGUUUUAAUCCAUUUAUGGCAGUUAAUAUUUUGUUCAAAUGUAAAUGUAAAAUUACUUGUACACCAGUCUGGGGUUUUUGUUGUUGAUUUUUUUUUUAACAGUAUUUUUGAGACAGCGCAAUAUUUUCUGUCGCUGGAACUUCAGCUGUGAAGCAUGUUAUGAAAUAAUGUACAAAACAAAAAAUCUAAUAGUCGUCUGUAUAUUGCCUUCAAUAAAAUAAUCUGCCUAAAGCUA